AUGGGUUGUGGAGCAUCUAAAGCGGGUCCUUGUGCUUUCGUUCACGUUCCCUGCACCGGUAAGGCAAAAACCUUAAAGUGAUCCUUUUUCUAAAAACUGCUUGAGGUUAAAUUUUUCACAUAAGUUUGUAUGCUGCGUAGUCCACUUGAUGUAGGCUUGCCUCGUACAAGUACAACUCCCUUUUGAGAAUUCAGAUUUUUCAGUUCACAAUUAACAUAAUCAAAAUAGUUUAAUUCACGUGAAAGUGCACCAUUUCAAGACGCAAGCGCGAAAAAUUUUAUUCUGAAAAGCACCAGAAUUCGCCCGAAAGAACACAAAUGAACUGAGACGUCUUUUACCACGGAACGAAGAUUCAAACGAGUCAAUAAAUUUCCGAGUAAAGAUUAGUAUUUACAAAGAGAGAAACAAAAUUGACAUUUGCGUUCUCUAGAUCUUCUGUAAGUAUCAGCUUCAAACUUUUUUCUUGCUUUACAGGUAAGAGUCCAGUCAGGUUGAACAGCACAUCUACGAAAAGCAAUAAAACAACUAAGCCCUUGCCGAAAACAACCAAGGCGGCAGAGCUACGAAGACAGGCCAAUGAAGCCAAACUUAGUAAGUUAAAAAUCAGUUGAUCAUAUAAUUCCUCCCAAGAAAUAUUUUAAGUUUUGUAAUUUUUCGGAGAAACGAAAAAUUUUUCAUGACAUUUUCACAUUUGAGCAUGGAAUAUAUUUUCAUGUUAGGUUAUCUGUAUAAUUUUCCUUGCAUUAUCUUUUCUGAGUCUCAAGAUUUGUCCUUUAAUCUCCAAACACUAAAAGAAUUUUUUACGAUGAAAAUCUCUGGGUUAAUUUUCGUAAUAUUUUAAGCUCUUUGCUGCCAUUCUGUAACACUGCCUGAAUAAUAGACCUUGUCACGGUUUUCGAGGCCAUCUUGACGAGUAGGCAAACGUGUGAGAAAUUACAGUAUUUGUAUGAAAAUCUAUUGUCGAAUAAUUUCGGUAAAACGGCCGUUCUGAAGAAAAAUAAUUAUUGUAAACUAAAGCUACAAAGCAAAGGAUUGACCUAAAAAAAUUUGGGGGCGUAUCCGUGCUAGAUUUCUCCAGAGGCUUGCUUUAGAUUUUCCAUAUAUUUGUCUGUAAUUUUCCGUGGACUUUCUUACAGACAAAUGUAUAGGAAAUUUAAAAAGUGGUUCUAGGUCUUCUAGUGCAUGUAACGCCCUCAAAUUUUUUCAGUAGAGUCCUUAGGAAUGAAGUUUUAGGUUACAAAUCAUAUUUUUUUCAGAACAGCCAUCUUACGGAAAUUAUUCGAAAUUAGAUUCUCAUACAAACAAUGUAAUUUCGCACGCGUUUGCCUACUCGUCAAGAUGGCGUCGAAAACCGUGACAAGGUCUAUUCAGCCCCGUAGAUAAUAUAAUAUUUGAACAUGAGAAAAAAAGGGAAUUAUCUCAGACGGAACAUUAAAUACAAAAAUUAUUUAUUCAGGCCAAAAGGAAAAAACUAUUUACACGGGUUUCAGCUCAGAUGCUAUCUGGAUUUCAAUAAAGUCAAAAUUUGGUACAAAUAAAAAAAACCUUACGUAUUAUCGAAGCAACAGCUUUCUUUCUAGUCAUAAGCUGAACUUCAGGCCCGGUUAGGGGUGGAGUGGGAUAACAAUGUACUCAAUAUCCAAUCCUGAAAUACCAGUGCAUUUCGUAUUCAAAAUACUAUACACAAGGGUCGUAAAAUAUAUCAAGGUACUGCUUACUGGAAUUUCACAAAGUCAACUAAUCUUAUAUAGCUUUUUUUCAAUCACCGAGUAAUGUUAGCGAACGCUUAGUUUAGUUUAGUUUAACUUAGUUCAUUUAAAUAAAUUUAGUUUUGUUUAGUUCAAAUAGUUUACAAUUUUCAUUUCUAAAUGUAAUUUUUAUAUAUGAUUUAUGUUUGUGUUUUCAAUUUUUUUUUUCAGAGAACUCUAACGGGCUCAAUUCAAGUGCCUCACUAAGGCACAAUGCAUCCAAAACCCAGGCUUCAAAGAAGAUAACAUCCAGUCCGAGAUCCCCUCGGCCAAAGGACAACCGACCAAACAACGCUACAACUACUAGUACACCACAGAACCGCCAUCUUAGCCCAAACGUCUCCCUGUCAAGUUCUAAACCUCAGGGGAAAACAUCCAAAAGCACAAAUGAGGCAAGACCAGCAAGUUCCCAGUCUGUGAAAAGUCUGAAAUUAAGUGGAAUAUCAAAGUCAUCAAAGGAAAAUACUGUUAACACCACAAGUAAGACAAAAACCAUUACUGCAGAGGUAAGACCAGCAAGUUCCCAGUCGGUGAAAAGUCUGAAAUCAAGUGGAAUAUCAAAGUCAUCAAAGGGCAAUGCUGUUAACACCGGAAAUGAGGCAAGACAACAAAUCUACCAGUCUACAAAGAGACCUCAUUCAAGUCCCACUUUGAAAAAGGGUUCAUCUGAUACCAAGGAUGGAGCAAAACCAACGACGAGCGAGCCUUCAAGGAGGCCAACAUCAAGUCCUACAAAAGUGCUCAAGCAACAGCCGACUAAAAGCUGUCAGCCUGAACGAACCAGUUCAAGUUCUUCCAUGAAAGAAAAUCUGCCUGUUACAAAGAACAAAGUGAAGGCAACACAAAGAUGUACCCAGGGUACAGUACGGCCCAAGUCGAGCCAAUCUAACGACAAAAACACCUCAAAGACAAAUCAAACGCGCUUUCAGCCUAAAAGCCGACCACGAUCAAGUCCAGCUUUCAAAGGUAAUCCAGCUGAGGCCACCAAUGAGGUGAUCAAACGACCCAUAUCAAAUCGUUUGUCAAAGGGCGAUGUGCCCAAGACAACCAGCAACGUAAAACGAAAGAGUUGUCCGUCUCUUAAAAGCCCUGUGUCACGUCCUGCUUCUGCAAAGGGUAAUCCAUCCAGAACUGUUGAGACCCAUGUAACGGGGAAGCAAGCNCCUAAAAGCCGACCACGAUCAAGUCCAGCUUUCAAAGGUAAUCCAGCUGAGGCCACCAAUGAGGUGAUCAAACGACCCAUAUCAAAUCGUUUGUCAAAGGGCGAUGUGCCCAAGACAACCAGCAACGUAAAACGAAAGAGUUGUCCGUCUCUUAAAAGCCCUGUGUCACGUCCUGCUUCUGCAAAGGGUAAUCCAUCCAGAACUGUUGAGACCCAUGUAACGGGGAAGCAAGCAGCUCAGGAAGCAAAGGCCGACCCUACCGAGCAAGUUCUUAAGGACGGAGACACACCCAAGAGGGAAGUUGUUGGGGAUAAUUUUCAGUCGACAUCUCAGGUAAUUGAAUAUUCUACACUUGCUUUUAUGAUAAUUGUAAACACGAAAACAUAUCUGGCAUUUUCUAGUUUAUUCAGUUACGAAUUGUGAAGCUCUAGAGGCAAAGAGUCCUUCCGGGGAGAGGGAGGCAGGUUUUGUGUGUAUGUCUUUACACAUUAAUUAAACCAAUGUUAAGCACCUGACCAGCAGCCACAAUCAAUAGUGUUUUUUUUUCUUUUUGCGCUAUGCCCUCCAGGCGUAGAACAUCAGUAGAAACAGGUCCAAACAAGUUACAAUAUCUUCUUGUAGAUUUUCGUAUCACACAACAACCAAAUACUGUAACAAAAAACCAAACAUAUUUCCUUUACGAUGCAGAACACUUGCUGAUUGUGAUUAUUGUAAGUGAAUUGACAAAUAAUGCGCUUUUUUCUUUUAACAGGAGUCCGCUGCUUCGGAGGUGGAGCUAGACUAUUUCGUCGCUGAGAUUCUCCAGUCGCAGCUGAACCUCGUUCAAAACGAGCCAUCUCCAGAGAAGAGUCCGAAAGCUUUAAACUCACAGCCUUCUACCAUGAGAUCACCUACUGCAGGGCCAGGUAACUACAUAUUAAACAUUUCUACGGCUACCAGACUUUCUAUUCAUUCCCGUUCAAAACCAGGAAAGGCCUCCGCUAUGUAAGCUAAUUAUGAAUGGAACCAAGAAGAAAGUAUGCAAAAGAUAGCAUGCCUUUUCUAAUUAAUACGCAUGCAUAUAGCCUUAAUAUAAACAUUGCUAAUUGGAAUUGCUAAUAUUUAAAAACUGAUCUUGGGACCAUUUGUACUAGAACUUUAAAAAAAGUUUUCCUUUUGCCUUUUUAGAGGAAUACUGACUUUCCAGUCCAACCUUGUUGGUAUUGUUUUGGUUUGGUUCUUAUUUGUGAAACAAAUCUUUCCUUACAGCUCCUAAGCAAAGCACGUCAUUCGUGGGCACUCCAAAAGAUGCUACUACGGAGGAUGAUGGUAGCGGCUGUCAAGAGGGAACCAACAGCUCCACAGAAGUUUCUAAUGUCGGUGAAGCGGAGAUAACGGCCGGCGACUCCAAAAUCAUUCAAUCUCCUUCAACUCCGACUGGCAUAGAGGAUAACGAGAAAGCCGAAGAGACCGGCAGUACAUCGCUCACUGCAGGUGACGUUUUGACCAUCUUUUCAAAGGAGAAUCCUCAUAUCGAUUCCGGGGAGCUCAUGGGAGUGCCCAAGCCUGUCCAAGAUGGUCCAUCUCCAACAGACUUAACCACCCCAAUUAAUUUUGACUGGGCUGAUGGAAGAAAGAGCCCUGGCUGCAUGAGAUCGUCUCCAGGUGCAACGAAAUCUCAAGAAAAGAUUAAUUUGGCGGUUGAGCGUAAGAGUAGCAAGACGUCCAUCGAUGGAAGAAAAUCAUCUCGUACCCCGACAGCCUCUGAGUCGAGUGCAAAUAUUACCUACUUGUCAGCCGGGGAUUCUGGAGAAGCUACCUGCUCAACCAGUAGGCCUUGCAGUAGUCGUUCCACUACAGAUACCUCAAUGAGCUUAAACCAUCGGAAAUCAAUUCAGAGGCCCUUGUCCGCUGCAAAAGUGCCAGAAAAAUCAAGGUCGAGUCAGAACAAUCCACAUUCAAGCGCGAGGUCAUUUUCUGAUCCAAGGGUGUCUGAUGCAACAAAGACACUAACACCAAGCAGAAAAUCGUCUCAUGGUCAGGUGCCAGUUAAAAGCGCCGAACGAAGUUUAUCUUCAUCCAGGGCGCAAAGUGCAGCGAAAAAAGAACGACUGACACCGACGAAUCUAAGGGGUGAGUGCAAAGAUGAAAAAGGCUGUAAAAUAGGCGGCUCUCAAGAAAUGAGCGGAAGAGGCUCCUCAGCCACCUUGUCAAAGCGGUCAGUGAGCCGCAACUCGUCCAAAUCUGAAAUAAUAUCUCCUAAACCUUCCGUUGUGAAGAAAGAACUGGAGAAGUCUAAGUCUAAUGACAAGAUACACCAAACACCGAAUGAACAGAAAGGUGUGGUCAAGGCAAAAUCUUCCUGUUAUGAACGAGAAGAAAACGUUAAAUCAAACGAUAAAGGAACGAUCGACGGACGCCACAGUCAGAAUAGCCCAUCCACAAGCAGUCUGCCCAUAAAAGAAGAUUUGGAAAAACGUCCGAAAAGCGGAAGAUCAAUUAGCAUGGAGAGUAAUGCUUCUAUUGUCAAGUCUGAGGAGCGCUUGAUUAACCCUCGAAAUUCAUUAUCACAGGAUUCACUAAAGGGGAGGGUACUGUCUCCACCACAAAAGAGACAUCAACGUUCUGGAAGUGCUGGUAGUUUAAAACAAUCUCCAAGAAAAUUUGAAGUAUUGGAGUCUUCGAAAACGCUGCAGUUUUCCUCUCCCUCUUACCCAGAGGUGCGAUCGAGAAACUCGCGAAGCAAAACCUCAUUGAACAAGAUGGAAGUGUUAAACACUGAUUACGUACAAAAUUGCUGA